GUGUCACUAUUAGCACAAGGUAGAAUUGAGUUCUAUAAUAAAACCAUCCUGGGUCAAUUGUCCUGUAAACAGCUGAGGAGUCACUGCGUUCAGGAGCAGAGUCAGUCGGUACACAAGGUAAAGAUGGCAGCAGUGUUGCUGUUUCCAAUUCUCCUGGCAUGCUAAAUUAUACACCGGAGCUGUUGGAAUUACUUUAUGGCUUCUCGUGGAUAGAGUAUUUAGAUUGAAAGAUUUAUUCUCGUUUUUUGUGUCUAGUCUAAGUUCAGAUUUAAAUUCCACUGGACGGUGUGUGUUACAAAGGGAGAACUAUUUGAAUGGUGGCUGCUCCACGCUGUAGUAAUCUGAUCAAUACAUAGUCUAGUGCUGGUGUCAGCGAGUACAUUUAUUUUGAGCAGGAUAGACAGGAGUGCUGGACUGUAAGGAGUGGGGCACUGGGAAAAAGCUUAUUUACAGCAUUUUCUGCCCUCAACAAAGGAGAAAAACUUUUCUGGGCAACAGUCUCCAUUUUAAAGGAGAACAGCAUACUGGUGGUUGUCUGGUGGUAAUCUGUGUGCAGUGUGGACUGUGUCACUGGGCUCUGUCUCUAGUCCAGCACCCCUACGUGCUGCCUAUAUUAUAUGCAGCCUAAUAGAAUGAGGAUUGUGGAGCAGGGGAUGGAAGGGUGUUACUAUGGUUAUGCUCAGGGAGGGUACCCCAGCAGAGAUCCACCCUCGAUGGAUUCAUCAGGCAUGAGUGGCAUGGACAGCUCAAUGCACGGCAUGGGUAGUAUGGGGAUGGGCGCCCCCUCCCCACCAGACAUGAAGCCGGACAUCCGCACCUUGGUGCCGCAGCCAGGCCAGGGGAUCCCCAGCUACUACAACAUGGGCGGACCCCCCUUACAGCCACCCCCUAUGUCACCGACCCUGCACUCACCGACCUCCAGUGUGUCGUCUCCACACUCCAUGUCGUCGGUGACGUCCCCCAUGUCACAGAUGACCAUGUCUCCCCCGCCCUCUCUAGGACUGCAGAACCCCCAUAGUUCAAUGUCCAAUAAACACAUCUGUGCUAUCUGUGGGGACAGGGCAUCCGGGAAACACUACGGGGUGUAUAGUUGCGAAGGCUGUAAAGGUUUCUUUAAAAGAACAGUGCGAAAAGAACUGUCCUAUGCGUGUCGUGAUGAUCGCAACUGUGUCAUCGACAAACGCCAGCGUAACCGCUGCCAGUAUUGCCGCUACAUGAAGUGUCUAGCUAUGGGCAUGAAAAGAGAAGAUGUCCUCGUCCCCGCAGCGGUCCAAGAAGAACGCCAGCGGGCCAAGGAGAAAGGGGAGGGCGAGGUGGAGAGCACCAGCAAUGCAAACUCUGACAUGCCUGUGGAGAAAGUCCUGGAUGCAGAGAUGGCGGUGGAGCCCAGUCAUGAGACCUAUGUUGAUGCUCAGAAAGACGCAGUGACCAACAUUUGCCAGGCUGCCGACAAGCAGCUGUUCACUCUAGUGGAAUGGGCCAAACGCAUCCCUCACUUCACAGAACUCCCCAUUGAUGACCAGGUUAUCCUACUGAGAGCUGGUUGGAAUGAGCUCCUCAUUGCCGCCUUCUCUCAUCGCUCGAUCUCCGUAAAAGACGGAAUCCUGCUUGCAACAGGCCUGCAUGUGCACAGGAGCAGCGCACACCAGGCGGGCGUAGGCACCAUCUUCGACCGCGUGCUGACGGAGCUGGUGUCCAAGAUGAGGGAGAUGAAGAUGGACAAGACAGAGCUGGGCUGCCUACGAGCUAUAAUUCUCUUUAACCCUGAUGCCAAGGGUCUCACCUCUGUGUCCCAGGUAGAACAGUUGCGAGAGAAGGUGUAUGCCAGCCUGGAGGAAUACUGCAGGACACAAUACCCAGAUGAGCCAGGACGCUUCGCCAAGCUGCUCCUCCGACUGCCAGCUCUACGAAGCAUCGGCCUCAAGUGUCUGGAACAUCUGUUUUUCUUCAAGCUCAUCGGAGACACGCCCAUCGACACUUUCUUAAUGGAGAUGCUAGAAAGCCCCAACCCUGUCACUUGAAGAGGUGGCAGUGGAGUGACACUCCUUGUGAGUGACCCGUGUCCUUGUUAAGAACACAUGGACACAGCAGGGUGUGACAAUAUGUAUCAUACUACUAGCUAACUCCUGGAUAUAUGUGGUUCCUGGAUAUGAAGGAGAGACAGAGUGAGAGAAGGAAGAUGAAGUGAUGGUGUGGGAGAGAAGGAGUUAUUGAUAUUGUAUCUUGUAUUUUAGGAAUAUUUCUUUGCCCUUAUUGAAAGGAAGAGCUCUGUCCAGUUGGACCACUGAUAUGGGAUAACUGAGAGACUGUAUUUGUUGUAGAUAUGAGUAAACCCCACAGUGUAGUCCUGUGUUACACAACCACGUUACAGUACAGAGUACUGCAGUGUAGUAGCUGAGACCAGUGGCCCCGGCACCAGUUUAGGGGGAGAAGUAGGCAGUCUACAGGGUCUUAUAAAAGGACCCCACCUCUCUCCACCCUCCCCUCUCUUCCUACCUCACUAUAGUGUGAGUGUAGCUCCCUGUAGAGGACUGAAACACUUGGCAUGCCACUGAGUGUUGUAGGAAUGGCCACAAAAUGAAACAGUUUGCCAUGCUGCAGAUAUCACAAGGUGGAAAUUACAGAAUUAUAACAGUUAAUGGGAGGGAGAAAUACUUAUGUGGUGCAUUUGCAUUAGGAAAAAAAAUUAAGAGAGCUUGGUUAACUGGCAUAACUUGUCUUUAAGUUAUCUUUUUUUUUCUAAUUGUAGUUAUUUUAUUGACUUAAUUCCUGUUAUAGUGUGAAUGGCUCACACUGCAUCAUUUACUUGUUGUUUUCCUGUUUAUUGACCAAUAAUGAAAAGUUAAAAUUUGUAAAAUUUGUAAAGUGGCACUUCAUUUUUAACAGGAUGCAUUUUCUUUACAGUAAAGUUUAUUAUGGGGAUAGUGUAGCAGCUUAAACAUUGAAAAGUUAUUAAAAAAAUGUUCUAGAAUGAAUUAAAACUAAGUGGGUCUGCAAUAUUGUAGAACAGGUUUUAAUUAAAUAGUGAGAAAUGAGCCCUUGAUAAGUUUAAAAGGUUGCUAAAGCUCUAACUUUACUUGUAAAGUGUGUAACAGCUGCUCAGGCGUGGUGUAGAAUUACAUGCAGUUUAUAUCAAAAACAAAAGGGAAAUUUGUAAUUACAAGCUUAUCACUAAUGCAAGCCUCCCUCUUCUUGGUAGCAUGAAUCCUGAUGGCUUGGACUUGAUCUCUUCUUGUAAAGAGUCACCUGGUGGCUGGUUUAGAAAGCAGUGUCCUUGUUAAUAUUUAAGUAUUGUCUACUUUAAAGUAGCAAAAAGUGGCAGUUGACUCUUCUAGUCUAUUGUGCUUAUAUUAUAAUUGGUUCUGAGAUGUAUUAUAUGUUCAUGGAAGCAGCUCCUCUUGAUUACGCCACCUAGUGGUAUGUGAAAGGGGGGAUGUUUCUAUUGAAAAAAAAUGUUGUUAUUGAAUUUUAGGUGGAGAUAUUAACCAGUGUUCAAGUUACAGAAUUAAUGUAAAAAGUGGUGUUUUUUAAGAUCUGUAUUUAAACUCAUUUAGCAAAAAAAGAAAAAAUCAUGAAAAGAGAUUUUUUGUCAAAUGUUUUUCACAUAAUGUAUAUUUGAUAUGCAGCCAGAUUGAGUCUGAAAAUUUAAUGAUUUCUUUUACCUUUUGGUUAAAUAUAGGCUCAGAUUUAACUGAGCGUAGUUCAAAAAAUAGUCUGUACAAAAAAUCUGCUUGAAUCUAAUUAGUAAAGCAAAUUUGUUCACUCUUUGAUUAUAUCUUAAAAUUAUUCCGGCUUAAUUUUAGACACAUUGUAGAAAGAUCAAGUGAAACAAUAUAUAUUAAUGUAGUUUUUAUUGAGAUGGAUUUGCUAUUCACACUUUUCAGUUGUUUUCCUUUGGCCAUGUUCAAGUUACGUGCAUUAUUAAGUACAGUGCAUUUAUUCAAAACAUAAUGGUUUAAUCUUUUUUAUUGGAGCCAUAUAGAUAAUUACAUUAUUUUGGCAGCCAGCACAGGCAAAUUAAAAAAAAAUCUACUAGAUAUCCUAUUCCUUCUCUUUUUAAAUACACAAAAAAGAAACCAAGGGAAAAUUAAAUGCUCUUAGUGAACAACAAGGCCAAGUUGGAGGGAAGAUUUUAUACAACUGUAGACUCAAAUGGAAAGAAAUGUGCUAUUUUUCUAUGUUAUGUUGUAUUAUUAUUAUUAUUAUUAUUAUUAUAGAUGUAGUGUUGUGUGGAGCAAGCCAAGCUAUGCUAGAAGUUGGGUCACUGACCAUAUUUAAGACCUGUUAGUCUAUUUAUAGACUUGUUUGUGCUAGUUAUGACUCAGAAUUUGUUCAUCCAAGGUGCAGGGUUCUACAUUGUUCAUAAAAGUACAAGUGCUUGGGCAAUGAGGAAAGUAAAAAAAAAAAAAAGAGUUGAGUAAAAUUUGAAAGGUAUGUCAAAGUUUUUAAUCAUUUCCUUGUAGCGUUCACUUGUCCCUGCACCGGCCUUGAAGCAACUGAAGUUAAGAACUUUCGAAGAAGGCUUUUUUUUCUGAAGAAAAAUGCAAACCACUGCUAGGGUAGCAUGUAGACAGUGACAGCCUUGUAAAUAAACAUUAGACAUGGG